AUGAGCCCGGCCCCCAGCAUCACUUCCCACCUUCUCUCCCCACCACCACCUCUCCCCACCACCUCUCACCACCUUCUCUCCCCACCUUCUCUCCCCACCUUCUCUCCCCACCUUCUCUCCCCACCUUCUCUCCCCACCUCCUCUCCCCACCUCCUCUCCCCACCUCCUCUCCCCACCUCCUCUCCCCACCUCCUCUCCCCACCUCCUCUCCCCACCUCCUCUCCCCACCUCCUCUCCCCACCUCCUCUCCCCACCCCCUCUCCCCACCUUCUCUCCCCACCUUCUCUCCCCACCUUCUCUCCCCACCUCCCUCCCCACCUUCUCUCCCCACCUUCUCUCCCCACCUUCUCUCUCCACCUCCUCUCCCCACCUCCUCUCCCCACCUCCUUUCCCCACCUCCUCUCCCCACCCCCUCUCCCCACCUUCUCUCCCCACCUUCUCUCCCCACCUUCUCUCCCCACCUCCCUCCCCACCUUCUCUCCCCACCUUCUCUCCCCACCUCCCUCCCCACCUUCUCUCCCCACCUUCUCUCCCCACCUCCGCUCCCCUCUUCCACCUCCUCUUCCCAUGGCAGAGAUUCUCCAUUUUAAUUCACAUCCAGCAUUCAGCAUUCUUGAGGGAAUCACGGAGAUAGAGCCGCGUGCUGUGAUUGUGGACUCCAUUCAAACCAUGCACCUGCCAGGUGUCACCGGCUCAUUGGGCAGCGUCAGCCAGGUGCGGGAGUGCACGCUGCUGCUGCUGCUGGAGGCCAAGAACCGAGGCAUUCCCAUCUUCAUUGUAAGCCAAGCCGUUUCUGACAAUUCUCAAAGGUACAUUGUGGGCCAUGUGACUAAAGCGGGGGACGUGGCGGGGCCGAGGGACUUGAAGCACAUAGUGGAUGUGGUGAUGCACGUGGAGGUGAGUGUGACUGUAACAGUGUCAAGGGACCUGAAGCACGUAGUGGAUGUGGUGAUACGCGUAGAGAGUGACAGGCAGGACAGCCACCGCAUCCUGAGCACCAGCAAGAACCGAUUCGGCUCCACUGAUGAGGUGGGAGUGUUCGAGAUGGCAGCACAGGGCAUGGUGGCAGUGCCCAACCCCAGCCUCGCCUUCCUCCCGGCCAGCCGCACGCGGGGCAGUGCAGCUGUUGCCGUGGUCAUGCAUGGCAGCAGGCCGCUGCUGCUGGAGGUGCAGGCCCUGUGCGUAAAAGCCAUCCCCAACAUCCCACCCACCAAGACAGCCAACGGGGUGGACAUGUACCGCCUCACCAUCCUCACCAAGAUCAUGCGUCACAUCGGCCUGCCUAUUGGCUCUAAGGAUGUGGUGGUGAAUGUGGUGGGGGGCAUGCAGGUGAAGGAGCCUGCUGCUGACCUCGCCAUUGCUGUUGCCAUCGCCAGCAGUCUAUACGAGAGCCCGGUGCCAGCAGACACGGCCUUCAUUGGCGAGAUUGGGCUCAACGGGGAGUUGAGAGGGGUGAUUCAGCUGGAUCGGCGUGUGAAUGAGGUGGCCAAGCUUGGGUUUUCUCGUUGUGUCGUGCCAGCAAAGCAGUGGAAAGGGCAAGCAGCACCCAGUGGAUUGGCCCCAGCGCACGCUGCUGACGUGGAUCUGUCCCCUGCUGAGCUGGAGGCGGCAGUGCGGCGAGCAGUGGCGAAGGUGGUAACCAGAGCUAAGGCGCCUGGCGCGCUGAGGAUCGUGUUUCACGACGCCGGCACGUACGACCUGGCGACCAACACAGGAGGAAUGAACGGCUCAGUGCGCUUUGAGUUGAAGCGGCCAGAAAACGACGGGCUCAAGCGUACCAUCAAGGUAACCUCCUCCCUCCUUCCUCUGACUCUUCCUCACAUCAUCUCGCAACAUCCUCCCUCUCAAACGCAUCCCACGCACCUCAACGCCCUGUCGUCUCAUGUGCUGCGUGCCUCAACGCCCUGUCGUCUCAUGUGCUGCGUGCCUCAACGCCCUGUCGUCUCAUGUGCUGCGUGCCUCAACGCCCUGUCGUCUCAUGUGCUGCGUGCCUCAACGCCCUGUCGUCUCAUGUGCUGCGUGCCUCAACGCCCUGUCGUCUCAUGUGCUGCGUGCCUCAACGCCCUGUCGUGUCGUCUCAUGUGCUGCGUGCCUGAAAUCGUGACAUCACUGCCUCCCCCCUUUCCGCUGCCCCCUCGUCUCCCCUCCACCGCCCCCUCGUCUCCCCUCCACCGCCCCCUCGUCUCCCCUCCACCGCCCCCUCGUCUCCCCUCCACCGCCCCCUCGUCUCCCCUCCACCGCCCCCUCGUCUCCCCUCCACCGCCCCCUCGUCUCCCCUCCACCGCCCCCUCUCUCCAGUGGUGUCCUGGGCGGACCUCAUGGCAGUGGCGGGGGCAUACGCAGUGGAGUCGUGUGGGGGGCCGCACAUCCCUGUGCGCAUGGGCAGGCGCGAUGCCAGGUGAGAGGGGUGCUUUCGUAGGCUCUGUGAACAUGAAGGCUCUUGGUCCUGACCUGGAGAAUCGCAUGCCAGCAGAGACGCUGAACGCCAAAGAGGGCGAUUUUCUGCCCUCUCUUGGCCCCGACCCAAAGAACCGCAUGCCAGCAGAGACACUGAACGCCAAAGAGGCAGAGACACUGAAUGCUAGUGGACCCGACCCUGAGAACCGCAUGCCAGCAGAGACGCUGAACGCCAAGGAAGUGGUAGCGAGCUUCAAGUCGAAGGGCUUCAGUCUACAAGAGACGGUGUGUCUACUGGGAGCGCACACACUGGGAGGGAAGGGCUUUGGCGAUGCCACCAGCUUUGACAACGCCUACUACUCCAUUCUGCUUACCAAGCCGUGGCUCGACACGAGUGAGUGCAUGAAGCUGUGCCUGCCUGCCCUGCUCUCUCUUCGCACAGUCUCCAUGCACCUACCUGUGAAAUCUAUGGCAGGGAACAGCAUGGCGGACAUGAUCGGGUUGCCAUCAGCCACGACCGAGCAUGACUGGAACAGCAUGGCGGACAUGAUCGGGUUGCCAUCGGACAAGGCUAUUGUGGCCGAUGAAGAUUGCCUCGUGUGGAUCAACAAGUACGCCAGCAAUCAGGAUCUCUUCUUCCGGGACUUUGUGCCGGCCUACACCAAGAUGGUCAACAGUGGGGCCGUGUGGGCAUGA